AUGGGGGUUAACAGGGGAGCAACUGUAGAGGAAGCUGUUCUGUAUAGCCGACGAAGGAGAAGGCAUCGUAUGGGAUUGUUAAAUGAUAUUGAAGCUGAGUUGAAUAUCAUUGCAGAGAAGUUGAGACCAGAAAAGAAAGACGUUAGUCUAUGGAGGGGAAGAUGCAGAAGUUCUCUACACUUGAGACAUGGUGGAUGCUGUGUAAUGCCAAAAGUUCCUGCAGUUGGGCCAGAGAGGAUUGAUACUACUUGUGCCCUAUGUAAGAGUGCUCCAGAGACAAGAAACCAUUUGUUCUUUAUGUGCGCUUACUCCUCUCAGAUUUGGGAACAUAUCGCUAGGGGCAUUCUCUGCGGUUCUUACACCAAUGUAUGGUCUGAGAUAGUAAGCAUUAUUGGAGAUGAGACCAUGGAAAGGAAGCGGCUGUUCUGUGUGAGAUAUGCUUUUCAAGCGGUCUUAUAUGCGGUUUGGAGGGAACGCAAUAAGAUCAUUCAUGGAGAUAAGUUGUUGCCUCUGACUACAUUGAAGAGAAUGAUUGAUAAAGGGAUUCGUAACAAGAUUACUUUGAUGAGAAAUCAUGGUGUGAAAGGAAUGGGGGAACUUAUGCAAUUCUGGUUCCUUACUAGAGUGUGA